UGUGGCGAAUGUGCUGGGCCGGUGCUCGCCCUGCUGAGGGUGCUGCCGGCGCCCGAGGAGGGAGGGGGCGGGGUUAGCAGCACCGUCAGCCGCGCGUGUGCCCCGCCCCCGCGGCCGCCGCGCGCUGCUCGCAGCGGGGAUGGCGCGGCCGGUGAGGAGGAACAAGAAAGUUGUUGAUUAUUCUCAAUUUGGGGAUGUGGAAGAUGAUGAUGAAGACUUUGCAUGUGUAGCUGCACCUUCAAGCAAAAAGUCCAGAACACAGCUCAAGGAACCAAAGAAGGAGAAAAGAGAGAAGCAAAACCAGCCACCCAAAGAAUUGACUCCAUCACAAAAGCAGACACCUAGUAAAAGGGUAUCAUUGGAUGACAAACUCUAUCAGAGAGAUUUGGAAGUUGCCUUAGCCUUAUCCGUCAAAGAAAAAUCUGCAAAUAUUCUUGAGGUGCAAAAUUCAGAAGAACAAGGUAAGAAUAUUGAAUCAGAAAAUGUGCCCAGGAAACCCCUAUUUUCCAACUGCAGUGUAGACAGUGAACUUCUAGGUCUCAAUCGGGUUAUGGAUGAUGAUGAUCCUAGGGGAGACUGUAGGCAAAGGGCAGCAGCAUCUAAAGUUCCAGCACAUCAGAAGAAGUUACUGACUGUUGACAGUGAUGACACAGACCAUCCUACUGACUCUGAGCCAGAAUCUGUACCCAGUGAUGAGGAGUCAGAAGAAGAUUCAGAUUAUAGUGAAGGUGAUGAUGAAGACUUUGAUAUGGAAAAGAAGAAAGCCAAAGGAAAUAAAAAGAAAGCCAAACAAAAGAUGCCAGCUGGAAGAGUGAAGAAAACUCCCAAAUCCAAGAUCAAUAGUACAGUAUCACCUGUAGUUUCUCCUUCACGGAUAACGGGACAAAAAUCUGAGCCAACACAAAAGAUGAUGUCCAAUUCUUCAGAACCAGCUGGGAGGCCUUUACAUACAUCGAGUCCUGUAACAGACAAGAAGCCUAAAUGGAUACCACCAGCUGCAUCAGGAAGCAGUAAUAACUCUAUGAAGUAUGUUUCGGUUAAGUCACCUACUCAGUGUCUUAGACUUGGCCUCUCCAGACUAGCAAGAGUCAAACCACUGCAUCCCACUGCUACCAGCAGUUAAGUGGUCAGUGACAAGGUGCCACGCGAAGGAAAAGUCUUUGGAAAAUGUUUUGCUUAUAAAUAGUGGGUGGGCAGCAAAAGCUUCAUGGUGUCAUCUGUUUUGGAGGACUGUUGUUUAUGUAUGUGUCUAAUACUAUAAUGAGUUUUUAUUCUGCAAAAUGCUAGGCAUCCUUAAGUGCUACUGAAUAAUAAUACUAUUUAAUCAAGGUGACAUGUGGGCCACCAGCUCUGUGGUAUAUUAUAGUCAGAGAUGUGGAUUUGUGAUAAUUUUAAUUCUCUGAUAUCUAAACUCUUGGCAUUAAAAUAGCCUAGAUGGCACUAUGUCGGUUAUAGAAUUUGAUAUCUCAAAUGGGUUCUUAACACAAGUGGAAGUGACAGUUUAAGAAAUAUUUCUUGGAAGAGUGAAGUUAUCACUUUCCACGCCCUUCUUGGAAAGUUUGUCACCGCUCUCAAAAUCUGUUAAUGUUUGCAUAUCUUAUACGUGGGUUUUAAUGAAUUUUUGUUUAUUAUAGAUAGAAAUGUUUUUAGAAUGUUGUAUUUUUUAAAAAACUAAAAUAAAAUACUUUAUAUAGUCUAAUUAAUCAUA